UCGCUCCUCUUCUCCGCUCGUCCUUUGCGCACUAAGACGCGAAGCAUGAGCAAUCGCUGACACCAAAUUCCCAGAUAUUUCCACUCCCCAAAAACCCUAAAUUCACCGCAAAAACCCUUUUCCCCGAACCUUGUAAUUCUCCUGCAAUUCGCCGGAGAUGGCUUCUUCCAUUUCCCUGAAGCCGAACAUCAUCCUGUCUCCCUUCACCAGAAGCAGUAGCCCCCGUUUCCACCGCUCCCGCUUCGCCGGCGGAUUCUCCGACCAAAGACCCUCGUUUCGUGGCCGGACCCUGGUUGCUCAGUUCGGGUUCAGACCCGGCUCGUUUCCCGACCCGGGUGACUCUCUCGAUUCUCUCAGAGAGCUGCUUACUCGGGCCGAGAGUAUUCUGUAUACAAUCGCCGAUGCCGCCGUUUCCUCGUCGGACAGUGUUGAUGCUGUUACGUCUACUACAACUGGACAGAACAAUGAUUGGCUGUCUGGUAUAACCAAUUACAUGGAAACUGUUCUGAAGGUUUUGAAAGAUGGGCUCUCGACUUUGCACGUACCUUAUGCGUAUGGUUUCGCUAUCAUACUGCUUACAGUUCUAGUUAAGGCUGCAACGUUCCCAUUGACUAAAAAACAGGUGGAAUCUGCUAUGUCUAUGAGGUCUCUCCAGCCUCAAAUAAAGGCCAUCCAGGAACGGUAUGCCGGUGAUCAGGAGAGAAUCCAGCUUGAAACUGCUAGAUUGUAUAAACUUGCUGGAAUAAAUCCUUUAGCAGGCUGCCUCCCGACACUGGCUACUAUACCUGUCUGGAUUGGGUUAUAUAGAGCCCUCUCAAAUGUGGCAGAUGAGGGACUCCUUACUGAAGGCUUCUUCUGGAUUCCCUCCCUAGCCGGUCCAACAACCAUUGCUUCUCGACAGAAUGGCAGCGGAAUCUCUUGGUUGUUCCCUUUUGUUGAUGGCCACCCUCCUCUUGGAUGGUCAGACACAUUGGCAUAUCUUGUCUUGCCCCUGUUGCUAGUCAUCUCGCAGUAUGUUUCCAUUCAGAUUAUGCAGUCAUCGCAGAAUAAUGAUCCGAAUAUGAAGAACUCACAAGCGGUGACGAAAUUCCUUCCCCUGAUGAUCGGUUAUUUUUCUCUUUCAGUUCCUUCCGGUUUAAGCCUUUAUUGGUUGACCAACAACAUUCUGAGCACGGCUCAACAAGUAUGGCUUCAAAAAUUCGGCGGUGCGAGGAAUCCAGUGCAGAAGUUCACUAAUUUGGUCUUGAAGGAAGACAGACCGCAAGUUCAGAAGUCUGUUCCAGAGUUGAAAAUCUCGAAAGAAAAUAGAGAUGGUGAAAAAGCAACCCCAGAGGCAGAAGGGCCUAAACCUGGUGAAAGAUUUAGGCGGUUGAAAGAGGAAGAGUCAAGGAGAAAGCGAGAAAGAGAAGAGAAGCUUAAAGCUGAGGCCGCUCUAGCACAAGACGGGGAAUCUAAUACAGCCAGUAAGGAAAUGGAGUCUGGAACCGAUGCAGCCGGAAGAAAUAAUGGAAAGGCCGAAUCUUAUGCAGUUCAAGAAUCCACUGAUGGUUUAGUGUCGGUGAACGGAAGGCCAUCUGGUCAAGAGGACCGAGAAAUCAGUGUUAGUCACGAGAGUGAACGCUAUCAGUCUGACGAAAACAUGGAAAAGGAGUAUACGGUCGUCACAUCCAAAGAUCACAAGCCUGAAGAUAAAGCUAAACGAGCAGAGGAGUGAGAUGCUUAGCCUUUGUUCUCUCUGAGCAGGAACUGAAAGAGGAUUGAUUGAUCACUGAGUGGGUCAGUAUACUAAUUGGUGGUUUAAGGUUGGGAUUUAUGUAAAAAGACAGAAACUUUCAUACAAACGCUUAAACCCCUUUUUGUAACUCAUAGAAGCUUUGUCUUUUUCUGUUGUCUUUUUUAUUUUUUUAAUCUCAAUGUAAAAGCAGAAUUAGCGUCCCUGUCUCGUUGAAUGAAUCAAUAUACGGACAAAAAGAUCAUUACUUGAUUGUA